AUGAACAGUUGGACUGGAUAUUUUGCUCGUGUCCAUGGCGUAAGUCAGCUUAUCAAGACGUUUCUAUGGAAGACAGGAUGCAACUGUCAAAUUCUAAACCUUGGGGCUGGGGUGGAUACCACCUUCUGGAGCUUAAAGGAUGAGGAUCUUCUAUCAGGUACAUCUUGGAAAGUCGAUGUUUCAGGGAUUGUCAUGAGGAAGCUGCACAGCAUCAAAACCAUUGUGACCAGACCUACAUGGACAGCUGCAAGAACAAAGGAUUCUGGCACCAAGAAGUUGGCCACAACCAGCCACACCUUCACCCCUUUUAGUAGAAAGUCUUUGGGACCCUUUUCCACUGGCUUCUUGGUCUGCUAGCUUUCUGAGUAAAGCUGCUAUUUCUUUAGCCAACAUUUGUGUAUCACCUCUCACUUUAUUGUCCUGUUGUGUGAUGAGCCAUUUGAGCCUGGACUUGGUAAUAAAAUCUGCCCUUUUAUGCA